UUUUUUUUAUACACAUAUAUAAAUAUACACAUUUCUAUUCUUAAACAGUUGUAUGCAACCACAACCACAAUCUCACGUGUAUCAGCAACAUCCUGGUACUAUGCCUCCACCUGGAAAUAUGAUGCCUCCUCAAGGAAUGCCACCAAAUGCAAUGCCAUUCAGAAAACGACCUAGUGAAGUGGAUACGCUUCCUAAACACAUCAAAAAGAAAAGGCCUACAGAUAAAAAUGUACCACCACAGAUUGAAACGUUCAUUCCAGAAUCAAAAUUAUAUCGCGAGCUAGUUGAAUUUGAAAAAAAAUUAGAUGCGACUAUCAUGAGGAAGAGAUUAGAUAUUCAAGAAGCUCUUGGAAAACCAUCAAAGGUACCUCAUACACUUCGUCUUUUCAUUUCAAAUACAGCAUCAGAUCAAACAGUACAUACAGAGCAAGAAAAUACUUUUGACUUAAACAACGGUAUUACUCCUAAUUGGACUCUUAGAAUUGAAGGUCGUUUAUUAGAUUCUAAUCGAUCUACACCAAAAAUCACCUCUUUCUUUCGUUCAAUUGCUGUAGAAUUAGAUAGAGAUCCAAAUCUAUAUCCAGAAGGAAAUUACAUUGAGUGGCAAAAACAACCUAAUUCACCCGAGUUUAAUGUUGUUGAAAUAAAGAGGAAAGGGGAUGUUAAUGUGAAUGCAAAGAUCAUCUUGAAUGUUGAUUAUAACCCUCCAAAAUUUAAAUUAAGCCCUGUCUUGGCCGAUUUAUUAGACGCAAAGAUUGAAACAAAACCACAUAUUGUUAUGGGGAUUUGGAAUUACUGUAAGGCUCAUAAACUUCAAGAUGCUGAAGAUAAGAGAAUUAUUCGUUGUGAUAAUCGCUUAGCUCAGAUAUUUGGAUUUCCUCAACUUCACUUUUCUCAAUUACCAGAAUUAAUUUCUCAGCAUUUAAGUAGACCUGACCCUAUUGUUAUUAAUUAUACAAUUCGUGUUGAUAAGCCAUUACAUCAGUCAUCAAAGGUAUACGAUAUUGAAGUCGAGUUGGACAGUAUUGUUCGUCAAAAAAUGAUGCAUAUCGUAUCAUCCACUCAAACGCAGAAGGAAAUCAAUGCUUUAGACGAUAAAAUUAUUCAAUGUGUUCAAAGUAUUAAUAACAGUAAAAUUAAACGAGACUUUUUAUUACAAUUUUCAAAGGAACCUGUCGAUUUUAUCAAUAAAUGGAUUGCAAGUCAAGCAAGGGAUUUGGAAGUCAUCUUGGGUGAAAGUGAGGUUAAUUUGGAAGAAUUGCGUCAAUCUGACUUUUAUAAGCAACCUUGGUUGAAGGAAGCUGUAUUCCAUUACUUGACCACGAAGACACAACAACGUAUGCAAGAAUUACUUGGAUUUCAACAACCUAGUACAAACUAGUCUAUUUUUUUUUCUCCAUACAUACAAAUAUGUAUAUAUGCAAUAAAUAAAUAUUAAACAUGUAUACAUCUUUUUAUUUAUU